CAGCCUUGAUUACAGUUGUCUGCUCUAACGCGGUGAAAGGGCAGGAGCGGGUGUCGUUUACCACAAACCUGCGAUGAAGUACUUGGCCGCCAUCACUUUUCUUACAGUAUUUUCUUCAUUCAUUAUUGCAACCAGCAGCCUGAAGUGCUAUGUCUGCACGUCGGGGAACCAUACUGCUUGCGAAGACCCGUUCGACGCGAAGCGAGCCAACGCGGCCGGUUUCCUGACACACUGUAUGGAGCCCACCGAGCGCGGCUUCAAGACCCUCUGCCGGAAAACACACCAGACAGUGCUGGGCAAGGUGCGGGUGAUACGGUCCUGCGGAUUCGUCAAUAGCUCGGAGUCCUGUUACCGCACUCGCAACGCCGAGGUGGUGGUACGCUCGUGCCAGUGCUUCGGCCCCAAGGAUGGCUGCAACGCCGCCGGCCUGGCGCAUCUGGCUCCGGCGGCGCUGCUGCUGGCCGCCGCCCUGCGCGCCAUCUUUUGAGCAGGAUGGGGAGUCGCGGCUCGCGGACGCCUCGCGGGAUUUGCUCGGCUCUGGCGGCGCUUGGUGUUUUGUUCGCUGCGGUGGUCUUUACGCCAAGGAGAUGCGCUGCGUUUAGGAUCGUAUCAUUCCCGUAUGAUCUCCACCGCGAGUCGGAAGCGAGCGUGUUUUAUCGAUUCUCAGGCUCAAACUAGUGCUCCAGUUCUGUUUCUCAGACGUUCGUUUCGUUUUCGUUUGUUAUGUGUGGACGUGAUAAGUUCCCGACCGUUCGGCGCAAGGUAUUAUUUCUCAGGUACUGUUAAUUGCGACGGGCGACAGAGCCGUGCGAUGUGCCGUCGACCGCAGCCGUGGCGUGCCGCGGCCGCGCGCGUCCCAGACCGCGCUGUAGUUCUGUAUAGAGUUGUAGAUGGGGGCCUAGAUGGCCCCAUAGUGGCGGCGGCCGGCCGUCCCCGGCGCCGCCGCCGGGCACAGCGCACCCGUAGUGCUGCUCCGCACCGUCUUCCGGCCCCGGCGCCCGGGGUCGCCCGUCCUUCCGUCCCUUCCCCGCCCGCCACGUUGUCCGUUCAUGGGCUGAGGUGGUGAAACCGUCGCCCUUCUCCCUUUCUGCCCUGCGCCUCGCCGCGCCUCUGGCCCGUCGGACUGGCGAUAUUUUCUAGGCUUUUAGUGGAGGACGCGUGGUGCCUGGCGCGACCGUCAGCGGCCUCAAGGCAUGUUUCAGGGGUUUGUUUCAGUAUUUGUUCGGUCCAAACCACUGAAUUGUUUUACGCCGUCCAGAGUUUUAGAAUGUCUGCGUGGUAGUGAGAUGCGCCGCUGUACCAUGUGCCGUUUACACAGUUCCCAGAAGGUGAGCACGGCGCCGCAUCUCGCUAUCUUAUCCUGCUGUAUGUCUUUCCUGCCGCCCGCCCUCGGCCGGAACCCGAUGCGUGUCAACACUUAGACUGGUAUUACCCGCGGGUAAAGCGCUACGGCUACAACAUGUACAUUAAUACUCAAUAUGUGUUAGGUUAGGUGGCUGUCUGAAUGCAGUAGAAUCAAGUGCCUUUUGUUUUGUAGAGGGGCGAUAGCGUGAGCGUGCGUGUGUGUGUGAAAAUAUACAUGUGCAAUAUAUAGCUUCAUCUGG